AUGGACAACUUGGAGAAACAGCUGAUUUGUCCAAUAUGCCUGGAAAUGUUUACAAAGCCUGUGGUCAUCCUACCCUGCCAGCACAACCUGUGCAGAAAAUGUGCCAAUGAUGUUUUCCAGGCUUCAAACCCGUACCUUCCGACAAGAAGCGGCUCGUUGACCUCUGGUGGCCGUUUCCGAUGCCCGUCCUGCAGACAUGAGGUGAUUCUGGACAGGCAUGGUGUUUACGGCCUGCAGAGGAACCUGUUGGUUGAGAAUAUCAUUGACAUGUUCAAACAAGAAUCCAGCAGCAAACCAGCACCAGAGAAAAAGGAAGAAACGCCCAUGUGUGAUAUUCACGAGGACGAAAAGAUCAACAUUUACUGCGUGACCCACGGUGUGCCCACAUGCUCCAUGUGCAAGGUCUUUGGAGCCCACAAAGACUGCGAGGUGGCUCCUCUCAGCAGCAUCUACCAGACGAAGAAGACGGAGCUGAGUGACGGGAUUGCCAUGGUGGUUGGUAACAAUGACAGGAUGCAGGGCAUCAUUAGUCAGCUAGAGGAAGCCUGUCGUGCCAUAGAGGAGAACAGUCGGAGACAGAAGACUCUGGUUUGUGAAAAGUUUGACCGCCUAUACUCUAUCCUGGAGGAGAAAAAGAGGGAGAUGAGUCAGAAGGUGACAGACGAACAGGAAGAGAAGGUAAACUAUAUCCGGGGCCUGACAAGGAAAUAUGGAGACCAUCUGGAGGAGAGCUGUAAAAUCUUGGAGAUGGGGAUCCAGACUAUGGAUGAGCCAGAAAUGGCUUUAUUCCUGCAGAACACAAAGCCUCUCCUCAAAAAGAUUGAAGAGGCAUCCAGUGCAGCGCACCUGGAUAAAGUAGAGCUUGGCUACGAGAGUAUGGAUCACUACAAAGUCGACUUCAAGAAAGAGGGCAAGGCCCUGCGGAGCAUCGACUUCAUCCAAGAUGACGAAGAUGAGGAUGAAGAAGAUGAGGAUGCAGGAGCCGGUGCUGAGGAAGGAGAAGGAUCACAAACUGUUUCUGGAGGUGCUGUUUCAGCCACCUCUGCCCAGCCUUCUGCACCCCCCCAGCAGAUGAGCUCCUCCCCCAGCGCACCCACGAGCACUCCCUCAACUUAGCUGUCAGCCAUCGGCCCUGACAACACCUAACUCAGAAGCAGGAUUGAUUGUUGCUCCUAAAUGUUGACCUCAGGUCAGCUGUGAUACAUUUUUAGCCACGAGGGGAACCUAAUCUGUGUAUGUAGAUUUUAAGGAAGGCAGAGAUAUUUUACUUCUGCCUCCUUUGUUGUGAUUGGUCUAUCACAGCAUUCGGACUGAUUUUAUCUCUUUUUCUCUGAUUAAAAAAAACAUGCUUUAAUUCCUCCUUUUCAUUUUGAACAUGCUUAAUGACAG